AUAUCUGCCGCUGCCUUGUCUUUCGAUGUUCUCAUCCUCAUGAAAAUGGUGGAUAGGCACUUCACCAUAUCCUCAGAUAGCUUGUUAGCUUCAAGAACUUCAUCCGAGCAACCCGAUGAUGAUGUUGCUUCUUCUUCUGCUAACCUGCAUUCCACCUUCGUUGACUUUGAGGGAACAACUGAGCAUUUAUCUUCUGAUAGCCGUCUGUUAUCAAACAGUCUCUUACGCGGGGUUGCAACCUUGCCAUUUCUCUUCUCAGGAGAUUGCUUCUCUUUCAACGAAUUACUCCACGAACGAUUCUCCUUCCCUAUCUCAUUAUAUGGAGUGGAAGAAAUCACCUUGUUUGAGCCUUGACCUUUAUGUCUAGAUUGACCACUUAUUAUUGGACUCUCACUUGGCAAGAGCUUUCUGCUUGAUGUACUUCUUGCAAGAGAAGGCUGCUGCUGCUGUCUGGCUGCUGAUCCAAAUGGCGAUGAACUGAUGAGCUCGUUGGUCGACGAGACUGACUUUGAUCUCGAAUGCCUAGCUGGUGUUCUCGUACUAGACGAAGAACAGCAAGGUUGUUGUUGUUGUUCAGAAGCUCCAUCAUUAGUAGAGUUUUUAGAGCAGUUGUUGUUGUAGACAGCUUCUUGGUAGAGGCCUUGUCUAAAGUUCACAACUUGCUCUUCUAACCUAAUUACUUCUUCUUCUAGUACAGCCACUUC